AUGGACGAGGUGCUCGACGUGACGCCUCAUGAUCGCGAUAUAACGAGACCAGCGGGAAUGCAGUGGAGCUCGAGAGUGGUCUCACGAAAGCAGAGAGGAAUGCAGCGGCUACUGAUACUGCGGGGGAGUAUUAGACAGAGUCGAUCACGACGGCCAAGGGACCCCCCCGCGAAUUCCGGUAUAUUCUUGGACAGAAGAAUGUCGAUCGUGCCGCUCGUCUUCCGCGAUUGGUGGGACGAUAUCGAUCGUCCCGUCUCGCGGCUCGUCGAUCAGCACUUCGGCACCGGCCUCCACCGGGACGAUCUGAUCUCAAGCCUGACCGAUUUCGGUUUCAAUCGGCCGUCCCUACGCUCGAUGCUCGGGAACUCGUACUACCGACCGUGGAGGAACGUGACGCGUCAGAACUCGAGUGGAUCCAGCACGAUCCAGUUGCAGAAGGACAAUUUCCAGUUGUUGUUCUUUCUUUUUUGCUGUGUGCGUUUUUUGGUAUGCGAUCGCUCUUGGAAGAAUAAUGCGAAAUCCCUGUCCCGCGUCGGCGCUUCCGGAAAGAGGAUCCUGAACAAGCCAGGUAGAUUAACUGAGUAUUCCGGCCGGGGCCUCCUCGCGGCGGCCGCGCUCUCUGAUCCGCAGGUGAUACUGGAUGUGCAACAAUUCUCACCGGAUGAGAUCACGGUGAAGACAGUCGACAACCACGUUAUCGUCGAGGCCAAGCACGAGGAGAGACAGGACGAACACGGCUACAUCAGCAGGCACUUCGUGCGCAGAUAUCUCCUGCCGCCGUCCCACGACCUCGCCAACGUCAACUCGACCCUUUCCUCGGAUGGUAUACUAACUAUUACGGCGCCCAAAAAGGUACGCUAGACCCUGCCGAGUUCCGCGUUAACAUCCGCCCCGCUCCUUCAUCCGCGGACUCGACCCGCGAACGAACGGAGCCCUCUUUCUCUCGCUCUUCCUCUCUUUCUCUACCCUUUUCUUACGCUCUUACGAUCUCUCUUUCGCCCUCUCUCUCUCGUCUUUGUUAGCUGAUGGCGGCUUACGUUACAUCUUUGAUUUUUUGCCUUUCGAUUCCAACGUUCCCCAAUGCGGUGACCCGCGCCUCAGGGUGCGGCACUAGAGGAGGCAGAUGGUGCCGACGGU